AGUUAUUUAUACAUUCUGAUCUAAUUCUCCCACGUGAUUGGCCACACAGAUAAACGAAAUUUCCCGUCCCUUUUAAGCCACGGUAUUGAAUUCGUUAGAAUAUACCAAAAUGGAAGAGAAAACCGCCCCACCCCCUUCGUAUGAAGCAAGCAACUCUGGGUCUGGGGGGAUAGCAAACCCCAACUACGACGCGGUCUAUUCUCCGCCCCUGACGGUGUCAACUGCCCCAGUUCAGCCAUACUAUGGCAUACCGAUGGGGAACCAGUCAGUGUACGGCAACACCGUCAUCACCCAGCCGGCCAUGGUUUACAACCAAGUGCAGGCGGUCCCUGACCACACCACACUGGCCGUCAUGUCCGCCAUUUGCUGCUGUCCUCUGAUUGGACUGUUUGCAGUGAUGAAGGCACUCGACUCUCGUACUGCCCUGGCCAACAACGACAUCCCUCUAGCCAUGACGAGAGCUCAAGAAGCGAAACGACUUUCGAUCAUAACCAUCAUCUGUGGUGCGGUUGUCUGCAUUGUUGCUGUGGUUGUUGUCGUUGUGGUCUUACAAUCAAGCCUGUAUUAUUAUUAAUGCUAGUUGUUGUUUUAAAAUAAUGUAAUGCAAUUGAGCAGUUCAUGUUUCCCUUCAUAUCGCAUCACUUAAGAGCAGACCCUUGAAUGUUUCAAAUUAAUUUUACUAGAUUUAGAUCUACAAAAUGUUAUUUGCUAUACCACGUCAAAAUAGUGUUGAAAAGCAAUACUUGGUUGAUCAACAAAGUAGGCUAAAUGAGAGAAUUUGUUGUAUAAAAUUUGCACAAAAGUGAGAAUGGCCACAGAUAUCACCAAUUUAGCAACGUAACAAAACUACACACGUUUACUUUUUUACUGUUAGUUUUCUAAUAUUGUCUAGUUGAUUUUUUCAUUGAAGUAAUAGUAGGCCUAUAUAUAUAUAUAUAUAUAUAUAUAUAUAUAUAUAUAUAUAUAUAUAUAUAUAUAUAUAUAUAUAUAUAUAUAUAUAUAUUGUAUUAGGCUUUAUUAUUAUAUGAAACUUUGUUUUUAUAUAUAAUGUAUGUCUAUGAUUUCUGUCAGACGUAAUUUUCACUCACCCAAUUCAUGUAAUGACAUCUGUCUGUGUGAUCUAGAUGUGCUGUGCUACACAUAACAUUUCUUGACAGCACUGAUCGAGCGAUUCAAAGCUAAGCCUUAUCCUAAAUCAAUUACUUCUUUAAUACACAUUCAUUCAAAACGUGGUUUUUUUUCUAUUUCCUGCGGUUAACGGUUAUCCACUCGCUAAACCAGUCUGAUAUCCACUUAUGAGAAAAUCUGUGCACUUCCACGGCCUUACAUAUUUAAACGGCAAAGAGUUUAUUUUUUUAGAAAGGCGGUUUCUCUUCUGAGAAUGUUUGGUGCCAAGUAUAUCCAGCGAAGUCUGGAGUUGAAUUGCUGGAACCUGUAAGUGUGAAAGAACAGUGAUAGUAUGCUGUCUACGCUCAGUAGCUAGCUGACUUUAGCUCUUAAGCUAGCUGACUUUAGCUCUUAACUUGUCUUAAGCUAAUUGGCUUUAGCUCUUAAGCUUGCUGACUUUAGCUCUUAAGCUAGCUGACUUUAGCUCUUGAGCUAGACGGCGUUAGCUCUUAAGCUAGCUGACUUUAGCUCUGUACCUGACCUAAGCUCUAAAGGCCACCUAACUUUUAACUGCAGCUUAUUGACUAACUCUGUAGGUAUCUGAGUUAAGCUCUGCGGGCAGCUGACUUAACCUCUGUCGCGAGCUGACUUUUGCUCUGAAACUAGCUGAUUUAUAUUUGUUAUACACCAAUAAUUUCAUUGAUUACGUUUUUACCAAUACUUUACUGCAAUCGAUCAGAGAAUUCAAUUAAAUGUUGGUGUUGUAUAGUAAUUCAGAAUUAAUCUUAAUCAUUAUCUAAAACCAAAAUGGUUUCCAUUGUAUUUUGAGUUGUUAAUUUUUAAAUUAAAGAUUUAUGAUUACACCUAUAGAUCCAUGUAUUGAUAAAGGGGAAUAGAAAUUUUUACACGGGGUAAAAAAUUAAUAAACAUAAUAGCACACGU